UCUUUUUCUUGUUUAUUUGUUACUGGGUCCAAAUCUCCAAUACAAACUGCUCCCUUUUCCCUUGUUUUAUCUUUCAUUCUUUGCUUAUAAACCAUUUCUCUUCCGAUCCGAUCAUCCGUGUUAUUUUUUUUCAUCGAAAACGACGGCGAGGAAUGGGAGGGAUGGACGUCGAAGGGGGAAUCGCGAGGAAGCUGUGGAACAAAUUCAGGAGCGAAUCGGUGUUUGUUAAUUACACUCCUUUCUUCGUUUGCGUUGCAGCUGGGAAUUUAAGUGCCGAUUCUUUCCAGCACUAUAUCUCUCAGCAUGUUCAUUUACUCAAUGCCUUUGUUCACGCGUAUGAAUUAGCGGAGGAAUGCGCUGAUGAUGACGAAGACAAGCAGGCAAUACGAAAGCUAAGGAAAUAUAUUCAAGGCAAGCUCAAUUCAAACGACUCUCUCGUCCAAGAAUGGGGCUUUGAACUACCAGAGGAGAGAAUUCCGACAAAUACAACUAUUAAGUAUACGGAUUUUUUGUUGGCAACAGCCUCUGGUAGAAUUGAAGGAGAAAGAGUCCCCGGUAAACUUGCAACCCCUUUUGAGAAGACAAAAGUUGCUGCUUAUACACUUGGCGCUAUUGCACCUUGCAUGAGGCUCUUUGCCUUUAUGAAUAAAGAGAUCCAAGCUCUUCUAGAUCCUAAUGACGGCAGUCACAUUUACAAGAAGUGGAUUGGUCAUUAUUGCUCUCAAAAUUUUGAGGCUUAUGCUUUUCGAAUUGAAGAGCUGCUGGAUACACUAAGUGUAACUUUAACAGGUGAAGAGCUGGAUGUCAUAGAAAAAGUCUACCAUCAAUCUAUGAGACUGGAAGUAGAAUUUUUCUCGUCUCAACCAAUUAUACAGGAAACGGUGGUCCCUUUGUCUCGGACUCUAGACCCUGCAGUGGGUGGUGAACUCUUCAUAUUUUGCGACUUUGACUUGACUUGCGCUGCUUUUGAUUCCUCUGCUAUAUUAGCAGAGAUUGCAAUCAUAACAAGGCCAAAGGCAGACUCUGGUGGAUCUGAAACCCAACUUGCUCGGUUGUCAUCUGCCGAUUUGAGGAGCAUAUGGGAUGUCCUUUCUGCCCGGUAUACCGAAGAGUUUGAACAGUGUAUAGAAAGCAUCAAAACAACCGAGACAGCAACAAGUUUCAGUUAUGAAGGUCUCUGUGAAGCACUUGAGCAAUUUGCACAUUUUGAGAAGGCUGCAAAUUCAAGAGUGGUUCAGUCAGGAGUACUUAAGGGUUUGAAUCAAGAGGAUAUAAAAAGGGCUGGCCAAGGUUUGAUCCUUCAAGAUGGUUGUAAAGGGUUUAUCGGGAGAAUCAUGAAAAAUGAAAAUCUCACUGCUUCUUUGCAUGUACUUUCUUAUUGUUGGUGUGGGGAUCUCAUUCGUUCGGCAUUUUCAACAGGGGAUGUAAAAGCUCUAAAUGUUUGCUCCAAUGAGUUAGCUUGUGAAGAGUCCAUCACCACAGGGGAAAUCAUUAAGAAGUUAGAGUCUCCCAUGGAAAAGCUCCAGACUUUCAAUAACAUAUUAAACAACAGAGACCAAGAUAGCCAGCACUUGACAGUUUAUAUUGGAGGCUCGGUCGGUGACUUACUCUGCAUGCUCAAAGCAGACAUAGGUAUCAUGAUGGGUUCAAAUCCCACCCUAAGACGAUUGGGGGAACAGUUUGGCGUUUCUUUUGUGCCAUUGUUCUCCGGUUUGGUGGAGAAACAGAGAGAGGUGGUGGAAGAUAGUUGUUCUAAUUGGAAAAAGCUUUCUGGCACUUUAUACACGGUCUCUAGCUGGGAUGAGAUACAUGCAUUUAUUCUGGGUUCAUCACCAUAAAUCCUUCUCUCUGCUUGAUCAAAGGAAGCAAUUUACAGUCAUUAUAUAUACAUAUAGAAAUCUCAAUUGUGGCUAAUUUUUCUCAAGGUCCACAGGUCAUCCCUGAUUCUUUUUUUUACUUAUUUCAUUAGGGACUGCCAAACAAAUUCAACAUACAGAUCCUGGUAUCACAGGUACAAUUGUGUAGUUACUGAAGCAAGUUCAUUAUCCGAUGUUUUGGCUCAGUUGUCAUUUGAGUUGCAUUUAAGAAAGAA